UUCGCUUUGGUGAUGACCGGUCCUAAGCCUAUAAAGACCAUAAAAAUCGUAAAAAAACGAACAAAGAAGUUUCGGCGGCAUCAAAGCGACCUUUUUAAACGACUCAGCAGUAGCUGGAGAAGACCGAGAGGUAUUGAUUCUCGCGUCAGACGCAAGUUUAAAGGCACUACUCGUCUUCCUAAAAUCGGUUAUGGUUCCAACACAAAAACUAAAUUUAUGUCAAAGGAUGGAUUUCGCCGAAUAAAUGUCCGCAAUGUAGCUGAUUUAGAGUUACUUAUGAUGCAUAAUAGAAAGUAUAGCGCCGAAAUAUGUCAUAACGUUUCCGCUAAGAAACGAGCUUUAAUCGUAGAAAGAGCUAAUCAACUUAACAUUAAGGUUGUUAACAGAAAUGCUAAACUUAGAACUGAGGAGUUGGAAUAAGUUUUUGUAUUUUUAGUUACAUUAAAAAGUAUUAUUUUGA